GUGACAGAGACAUCUGCCAAUGAAGUUUCACGAAGCGCGGACGCGAGGGUGCCGUUUCGUCGCUAUGGCAACCGUGGUCCUGUAAAUCAACCAUCCUCCACGUCUUCGCUUAGCCUAGGCCGGUCAUCAUGGCAGAGCUGGGCCUCAAUGACCACCAUCAGAAUGAAGUGAUCAACUACAUGCGAUUUGCACGCUCUAAGCGUGGCCUGCGUCUUAAGACAGUGGACUCUUGUUUUCAGGACCUUAAGGAUAGCAGGCUUGUGGAAGAGACGUUCACAAUCGAUGAAGUGUCAGACAUGCUGGAUGGCUUGCGGACUGUGGUACACAGUGAAGUUGAGUCAGAACUUAUUAAUACAGCAUACACAAAUGUGUUACUUCUGCGCCAACUCUUUUCCCAAGCUGAGAAGUGGUAUCUUAAGCUACAGACCGACAUUUCUGAGCUGGAAAAUAGGAACUUAUUAGAACAAGUUGCAGAGUUUGAAAAGGCCGAAUUUGUAUCUUCAACUAAGAAGCCCAAUCCUGAGCAGGUUAAACCGAAACUUACUCCAUUGCAUGAAGGAGCAUCAGAAUUGCUACAAAAGGAAAUUGCGAGACUUCAAGAAGAAAACGAAAAAUUGAAGACUAGAUUAAAGACAAUAGAAGGGCAGGCUAUGAAUGCACUAGAUGAAAAAUCAAAAUUUGAGAAGGCUCUGCAAGAUCUACAGAUAGUUCAAGCAGAUCAAAAGUUUGACAUAACUCAGGAUAUUAGUGAACUAGAAAAUACAGUGGCUGCUCUGAAAUGCCAGUAUGAAAAAACUUUGAAUGACAGUAGUGCAAACCAAAAAUCCUUGGAAGAUAAUCUGGUGACAACAAAGCAUGAACUUCUUAAAGUGCAGGACCAACUAACCAUGGCAGAAAAGGAAUUGGAAAAGAAGUUCCAACAAACAGCUGCCUACCGCAACAUGAAAGAGAUUCUCACAAAGAAGAACGAACAAAUAAAGGAGUUAAGGAAGAAGCUUUCAAAAUAUGAGUCAGAUGACUAAGAUGUGAAGAGUACUCAGUCUGCUAAGAAGCUGCCACAAAAGAAAUUGGAAAACACGAUCAAUUUUUUCAUGAUUGCAACUUCAUGCAUUCUAAUGGAUUCAUUUCCUGUUGUUUUAAAACAAUGUUUUAUUGUUAGGAAGCAGUUAAUAAGCAUUGAAAGAAAAGGAAGAUGUAGCCUUGUUUUCUCUGUUACUUUGUUUAUUGCAAGCAAAAAGUCAGCCAGGUUUUUUGGUAGAGUUUUAUUUUUUAAGUGAAUGAUUAAAAGCUGAGGCAUAAGGAGUUCAUUCCCUGGAUUUCAAAUAUGGCUUUUAUUUAUUUUUUCACAAUUGUAGUCACAGAAGCAAAGUCACCAAGCUAAUUCUGUACUAUAGUUUCUUAAUUCAGUAUAAGCAUUAUUGGCUCAGUAAUUCUCAGUAAAAGAUCUGCACUGAAAAGAAAGGACAAUGUAUUUGCUGUGUAGCAGGAAUUGUUUCCUCGUUAGUUAACAUUAGUACUCAAAUCUCACGUCUUACAUUUCUAGUGGAAUUUCUUGUCUUAAGAGAGGGUUUUUGCCCUUAAGUCCUUAUAAUAAAGUUUUAAGGAACAAGCUCCCGAUAUAGCCUGCUGCACGUCUUUCAUGCAUUUCACCCAGCAAUGUACACAGACUUUCUGGUGAAGCCCCAGCAAAAGGAACAGGGUGCGUGCAGCAGCCAUUCCAGCAACAUUCAGUAGAAUUAUUUGGUUUGCUCCAGAUUUAUUAAGUGGGCAGCAGACUAUAAGAAGCCAAAUUUCUGUAGGAUUUAUGUAGCUUUUCUUUUUUUGUGGUGAUGUGAUUACUUCCCUAAGGCACUCUCAGUCUAUAUUUAGUCUGUAUUUAGCCUCCUUGGUUUUGUCUGUCAGUCUGUGUUAUGGUAUAUUUUGUCUUUAUAACAUAUAUGCCAAUAUGCAAUAAAAGUCUUUAUUGAAA